CGGUGCCGCCUUUCUUCUCCUGCCGUUCUCACCCACCUCUCCACGAACAGACACACACUCACCUGCCUAUAUAACCAUGUGCCCAGCUCACCUGAGCUCGCUACCCACCCACCCAUCUCAUCUCAUCAUCGCCUUUCCUCCGAUUCGAUUCACCGGUCGAACAGAUCGAGCUCACUCAGCUGUGAGGUGAGUUUCUUGGAUUGGAUCAUCGAUCGUCGUCGUCGUCUAUGGCGGUGGUGCAGAUGCUGUCGUGGCUCAGCUCCGGGGCGGCGUGGUUCGUGUUCCUGAACGUCAUCGUCGGCGCCAUCGCCGUCGUGUCGUGGCUGGGGCAGGGCGUGGGCGGGACGACCUCGACGCCGUCGUCGGCGGCGCGGCGGAGGCUGGCGCGCACCGCGUCGACCGUUGUGAUGGAGAGGCUCCGGUCCGUCGCCAACUUCCCCUUCCAGUACCUCUCCGGCGACUACAGCGCCACGCCGCUCCACGUCCACGGCGACGUCUCGUCGGGGUCCGAUUACUUCUACUACCCGCGUGAGGCAGAGGAGGAGUUGGUGGAGGCCGUCGCGGCGGCGCCGUUCCGGCCGGAGCCGCCGGCGCCGGUGAGGGAGGUCGUGGCGGCGACGACGCCGUCCAUGGCGGCGCCACGGAGCUCGCCUGUGGCCGCCGCAACAGCGGCGGCGAUCAAGAACGAGGAAGAAGAGGCGGAAGCAGAGGAGGAGGAGGAGUCCAUCAGCUUGGACGAGGCGUACGCGCUGGCCCAGCAGGCGCAGGCGCGCUCGCCGCGUUCCGCACCAGAUGCCGCGGCGGCGGCGAAGGCGGCGGACGCCAAGCCGCGGCGGGCGCGGGCAGAGGAGGUAGAGGAAGGGAAGGCGGAGGUGAACGCGCGGGCCGAGCGGUUCAUCAAGCAGUUCAGGGAGGACCUCAAGCUGCAGCGCAUCAACUCCAUCAUCAACUACACCAACGCGCUGCGCCGCCGCGGCGCCGGCGGCGUCGCGGCGACCGCGCCGGCGCCGGCACGGUAGCCGCCCGCGUUUCGCUGCCGCUCCGAUCCACUCUACACGAUCCUUGUCGCGUGGUUUCGCUUGGUUAGAUAGGGGAUUUGUUUGUUCAUUGUGACGGAUCAACGCUACAACACACAACAAUUUUGGAUUGUUUACUUAUACUUGUAGUACAUACUACUACAAAAUUUGUGAUUCAAAUAUGAUUCAAAUGCUGGGACAUGUCUCGUAGCUCAAGAUCAGAAGCGUUUGGUGACUCAGUUUGCGAUCCAUCCGAAGGAUUUUCGAUCUUGGAUCUAGGCUCGUUGAGCUGCUUUUAUUAUUUGUGAUUGCAAGAUCGAAUGAAUAGAAGAUGGCGUCGAUCGAGCCGAAAAUUAA